CUCAUCAAACUUCUUGGCUGUGAUCGUUCUGAUGAUCUCGCUUCCUUGGUAUGCCUACAGCAAGUAAAGGCCGAUGACAUUGUCGACAUGCAUGACCGCAUGUUUGACACCAAAUCCUACUUCUCAGUACCGUUCCCGCCAGUGCUAGACAACCAUUUUCUGCCCUAUGAGAGUCAGCAUAACUUCAAGUCCAUGACCUACCUGAAGCCGUCGGGCUCACUUAUGCUGGGCACCAACAAGAAUGAAGGCAGCUAUUUUUUACUUUAUGCUUUUCUGGGCGACGACGCAUUUCGCCGUAACGAAACAGACCUUCCGAUCAACUCAAUCCACGAUUACUGGCCCAAACUGCUCAAAGUGCUCGACCUUGAGUCAGACGACAACCAAGAAAUGGUCCAAUUGGUGGCCAGUCACGCAGAUUACGAGUACCGCAACUUUUCACAAUUGGUGAGGCGUAUCGGGAUUAGAGAAUAUACUAUAUCGGCAAAACAGUAUCAGUAA